GCACAAUGGCAAAGAGCAGUCUCACCAAGGUUAGGUGUUCCACCAGCUCCUGUCAAAAAUAGCAUUUGGUCAAGUCCUUAUAUAAAAUAUGGUCUCCCACUAGGUUUGCUAGCUACAGCAGGAGCAGUUAUGAUGUUGAAAAGAAAUAAAGCAAAUGUUGUAAAUAAUACUGAAGUAGCUGAAGUUAAACAAACUCCAACACCUUCACAAGCAAAACCUUCAAUGACUCCUGAACCUAUGGAAGUACAAACUCCUGUUCAAAAGUCAACUCCUAAACCGACUCCAACAUUUAAACCAGAACCUACUCCUCAAAUAAAUCGUAAAACUCCUGCGUUUCCUUACUGA